AUUUUCAAGCUUCUUUUUUCUUUCUCAACCAUAAACAAGUGUUCCCUUCUUGCUGCUUAUGGUUAUUUUCCCUUCCUUUCGUACGAUUAUCAUGAGAUAUCACAUCAAAAAGUAUUAGUAUGGAUGAGCAGUCAUUCCGCCACACUUUAUUUUAUAAAGAUGGUUGAAUGGAGCAAACUCAUUCAGAGGAGUUGAUGAAACAGAGAAGUCUAAUGGUUACGACUGUUCAGUUGCAUAUAGACCAAGUUAUCUAUGUCGAAGAUCUACUCAAAUGGCCUACAUCGCAUCAAAAUCAGAUAAGUUAUACAAAAUGGCAGUUGAUGGUAUAAAAGACCUUUUUGAUAGAAUCAUGGAUGAACAUAAUAAGUUGGUCAAAGAUAAUGGAUCUUCACAAGUUCUGAAUUGUGAACCUCAGGAAGAUAAUAACAGAAUUCAGCAGUUGCAUCAACCAUUAGUUGAAAAUCCAAAUAUAUCACAAACUAAAGGAAGACCUCCCAAAGAUGAUAAAGGGAAAGGAAAAGUUAGCAGUACGGGUAGACUACUGGCUGGGAUUGAAUCGUCUACUGCUAACAAAAAAAGAAAGUGUUCAGUUUGCCAAGACACAACGCACGACAAAAGAAUCUACCCCAAAAAGGCAGAUAUGGAGCAAUUAAAAAUCAGUGAACCAAGUACAAACUCCAGCAAUGAGGAUACCAUUUCACUUGAGAUACAAUAG